AUGUCGCCCAGCAGUUGCACCGUGCUGAUUGUCGAUAAACAGUUUUUAAAGGGCGUCUACUAUACUGGCGGGUCGGGAGGCCCCACGAUGCGAGCUGGCCCGGCACAGGACGAUGUUGUUUUUGUGCAGGAGCUGUUGGAGAUAUACGGCCAAGUGGUGGCUGUCGUGUCAGGAGACACUGCACUGCAGUGGAUCUUCAACCACAGGGGCAAUAAGGCGAUAAUUGUGCUUAUUGACGUCGACGAAACGUACGACCAUAGCGAAUCAACCAUUGGCAGCAAUAGCAGCAACGAGGAUGACGACAACUACGACAGCAUCAGCAACUUGUAUGGCCCCAUCUACACGCCUCUUUCCAGUACCCAGGAGCAGGAGCAGCAGCAGCAGCACCAAAAUGUCAGUGCUGAGUCUGAAGGAUCAGGUCCGUACGGACUGGCGCUUUUGCGCGUUAUUGCGCACUAUGUGGCCAUCGGGUUUUCCGCAAUGUGGCUCCAAUUGGAAGUAAAUCAGGCGCGUCGUGUAGUCAAUAUUGCGCGAAUUGGCAGAUAG